GAAAGCCUCCCGCCAAAAGUGCAAUUAAACCGUGUAGACUACCUAUUGAUCCAAGCGCUUCGUCCCCCUUCUCUUUGGAAUUCAAAACCGCUUCUAUCCAACACCGUCCACCACAGAUUCUUUCUUCACUCGCACACCUCUUCAAGCUUUCCUUUUGCAACACUCGAAUAAGAUACCCCCUUCCCCUCCUCCUUCUCCUUCCCCCCCCCGUUUCUGAGCGUCGCGAGACUGCAAGACAGCUUCUCAAAACCAAGUAUCGCUUUGUAAUUAACCCAGAGCCCGCUGUACGUCUGCAAGCUUUGCUUGGCCACAACAGCCCGUCCUUUCAUCACUCGAGAUACCCAUCUGCGUUUUUCCAUCACACACCACAAUGUCUGCCGAAGAAGCAAAGACCGCGCCUGUCGCCGAGACUCCGGCCGCUGAGCCCACUCCAGCACCCGCUGUCGAAACCCCGGCCGUCGAGGAGACCAAGGCCGAGGAAGCCAAGCCAGCGGAGGAGGCACCAGCUGCUCCUGCUGCUGAAGCCGCCACCGAAGCAGCUGCUGAAGAGACCGCCGAGGCUGCGAAGGAGGAGGCCAAGCCGAUCGAGCCAAAGGAAGAAGGCCACAUCCUCUACCACGCGCCAGGUGGCUUCCUGAAGGAGUUCCUUCCAAUCCCACCAAAGAAGGUCUUCUUCUGGUUCAGCGAGGAGCCCGUCGAAUCCUCGCAGCUCAAGGCCUACCUUGCCAAGGGCAAAGAGGCCGCUGCCUCGACUGCGGCAUGGGCUAGCCAGACCGGAAAAGGUCUGCUGUUCUUCAACAAGCACGGCGAGGACAAGGCUGCGCCGUCUGGUGCCCUGAAUUUGGCCGAUGCUGAAGACAUCAAGGAGGCUGGUACUACCGAGUUCACCUUCAAGCUUCACAACCACAAGCACAAGUUUGACGCGCAGACACCUGCAGAGCGCGACAGCUGGGUCUUGGCCGUCAAGAAAGUUGCUGAGGAAGCUAAGGCCAAGAAGGAUGAAAUUCUCAACAGCGAGGGCUACAAGGAGGCGCUUGCCAAGCUCAAGCCAGCCCCAGUCGCUGCCGUGACGGCGCCAAAGGUCAGCGAGGAGACCCCUAAGAAGAGCAUGGACACUCCUGCCGAAGGCGAGGACGCGAAGAAGGCUGCCAAGAGCCGCUCCCGCUCCCGUGGCCCACUUGGUUUCCUGAAGAGCAAGAAGGAGGAAGCUAAAGAGGAAGCUAAGGGCGAGGACAAGAAGGAAGAGACUGCUGCUGAGUCCGCUACCGCGGCUGAGGCUGCACCUGCUGUCGAGCCAACGGUUGAAGGUGGAGCCGCUCCCGCUGCCGAAAGUGCACCGGCUGAGGAAGCCAAAGAAGAGGCCGCUGGUGAGGCCAAGGAGGCUCCAAAGGAGGAGCCCAAGAAGGAGGGCCGUCGCCUUUCUCGCUUUGAAUCUUUCUUCAAAGGCAAGCCCAAGGAAGCUAAGAAGGAAGAGAAGAAGGAGGAAGCCCCAGUUGCGGAGGAGCCAGCUAAGGCUGCUGAGGAACCAGCUACUGCUGAGGAGACCCCAGCUGCUGAGCCUGCUGCGGAGACCGCGGCUGUCGAGGAGGCUCCCAAAGAAGAGGCCAAGGAAGAGGAGAAAAAGAAGGAGGAAACUACUCCAGUCAAGGAGCACCGCAAGUCCUCCUUUUUGACCGGCCUGAAGGGUUUCACUCAGAAGGUCCGCUCUCCAUCCUCCGAGCACCCUCCAGCUGUCCCAGCCAAGGAUGACGCAGCUGAGGCUAGCACCGAUGCCGCAGCCGCUACUGAAGCCGCUACUGAUGCUCCUGCCACUGAGGCCACUACUGCUGAGGAGCCAGCUACUAACGGCGAGACCAAGACCGAGAAGCGCCGCAGCUCUUUCUUCAACUUCGGAACCGUCAACAAGAAGAAGGCUGAGCCUGCGCCAGCCGCCGAUGAGGCUGCUAAGACGGAAGCCGCCGAGGAGGCUGCCAAGCCAGCUGAAGAGGAAGCAGCUGCCACCGAAACCGAGAAGCCAGAGGCUUCGCCCAAGGAGCACAAGGAGUCUCCAUUUGCUUCCAUCGGCCGCCGUGUCAGCAAGGCCAUCCGAGGUGGUGAGAAGCCAAAGAAGGAGGCCAAGGCUGCGGCUGCCGUUGGUGAGACCAAGGAGGAGACCAAGCCAGAGGAAACUGCGGCUCCUACUGCCACCCUCCCGGAGCCACUCAAGGCCGAUGAGAACGUCAAGCCUGCUGCCAUUGGUGAUGUUGUCCCAGAGGCUGUCACCGUUGGCACUGCUCCCACCGUGUCCGCCACCGCAUAAGCUGCCUUCAUAAACUUGAAUGCAAUUUUAUGCUAACGGACACAGUAUGGAACGCUAUGAGCCUGCAUAAAAAGCAAUGAUCGUCAUGCCUUGCGAUACCCCAGAAAAAAAUUUUGUCGUUUUGGAUUUAAACAGCAACAACUCCGCAUAACCUCAACAAUGAAUGCCCAGCCAACUACUGCGAAGACAAGGCCACUCUCCUUCUGGGCAGAAACGUACACGUCACAGACCUCAUGCGACGAAUCAUACUUUUGAGGGAGAAACAGCGUGCUGGGGAAAGGAUGUGCAAGGAUAUACCCCGGAUGGUGUCUGGAUACUCGCAUUUUUCGCGUUCUCUACCUGAGAUGGUUCUGCGCGGAGGCUCUACUGCUUUUCAUUUCCCGUCCUCUCGCUCAUCCUAGAUUGAUACCACUGAUUUUUGUUUUGAGUGUUCUGGCAUCAUGUACUGGCUUGGCUUUGUGCUGCUGCUCGGUCCACUGCUAUUUUUGUGUUUUCGUUGAAUACCCCUCCCCCAUUUAUCAUCUAUAUACCCCAACUUGAUACCCAAUUGUACCGGCCCUUAUCAGGUGUCCGUAUUGUACAAGAGCGGCCAUUGGGCUCAAACUUCCACACGUAGCUAAUAUCUAAUCACAACUCGUUUGGUUCUUGUCUCUAGAGA